AAAUUUUCUUUUGCAAGUUUAGUGCUUUUGGGUUUCCUGUUUAUCGAUUUCUCUCAAUCCAAAUCUGCUGAAGUAUUCUGGUGUUAUUUGCGAGCUGUUGUGGUGUGUCUACAAAUGAGUAUGGAUCUGGAUAAAGCUAUUCAGAAGAUGUCUAUUGCCGAUGCUGAUGACAAACCUCUCAUCCUCUCUAAUCAACCCCAGAAACUACAAGACAAAAGGAAGCAGAAGGAAGGAUUAGUGAAGGAACUUGAUUCGGUUAUCUCCAAUCCUUCUGGUGCUAGUUUUAUGGCUGAUGCUAGGAAAGGAUUGGAAAAAUCAAGUGGAUGUGAAGCUAGUUCAUCAGGUUCAGGCUUUAAGACUUACAAAAUGAAGAAACCUAACUUAUCUUGGCUAAGAAAAGCUAAACCAGGCAAGGAGCCUCCUUUGAAGACUAAGGUAAUGGAUUUACUUGGGGAGGAAAUAGAAAUGAUCAAUGGAUUCAAUGCAAGUUAGACAGAUGUUUUGGGAACUCUGCUUGGUUUUCUCUAUUUCCAAACUCGCACCAAUGGUUCUUGGAAAGUUUUGGUUCUGAUCAUCGUCCUGUACUGGUCAAGUUCAUCAAUGAUCAUGAGCUGUUUCGUGGUCAAUUUCGAUUUGACAAAAGAAUGGCUGAUAAUCCUGCAUGUAAUGAAACUAUAUCCAGAUC